AUGGAAGACCCGGAGGAAGUGAGGGUCAUUUUCUCUGCUUUAGACUCUUUCUCUCAAUACGCCAAAAUCGCUCAUUUCAAUGUCACACAUCUCCGAAGACGCUCCUUCUAUGCCUUGCCACAGUCUCAGUGGCAAAUGCUGGCAGGACCUCCCUUUAAUUUCCUGGAAACCCUCGACAAAGUCGAUGCGGCCAUCGACUCGAAUGCGGAGCUCGCCAGAGCGAUUCUCCAGUCUGGUUUGAAAGCCUUCCAAAGUAUGACGGAUCCAUCGGAUGGAACAGGCUCGAGCAUGCCACAAAGUAUGACGGAUCCAUCGGAUGGAACAGGCUCGAGCAUGCCACACGAAUGGGCAGGAGUGGCAAAGCACGUAGACAUUGACAAGGCCAGAAGCACCCUUCGCCAAUUCUAUCGUGACUGGACGACAGACGGCGCAAAAGAGAGAGAGGCUUCCUACGGGCCCAUCAUGAAAGCUCUUACCGACGAAAAGCUGAAAAUAGCAAAUGGGGGACCCUACAAAGUGUUAGUCCCUGGUGCUGGCCUGGGAAGACUCGUGUUCGAUUUGUGCCGUGCCGGCUUUGAAGCUGAGGGCAAUGAGAUCUCAUACCACCAGCUUAUUGCUUCAUCUUUUAUCCUGAAUGAGUGCCAAGGCCAAGAGCAAUUCACCAUCUAUCCUUGGGUGCACACAUUUUCCAACCAUCUGACGCGUGGGAACCAUCUGAGAGGGUACAAAGUCCCUGACAUUCACCCUGCAACUACACUUGCGGCUACUCCUGACCGCAGCAUCAUGACCAUGUGUGCGGCUGACUUCCUAUGCCUGUACGGCGAUGAUGAGCAUAAAGAGCAGUAUGAUUCAGUGGCUUGCUCCUUCUUCCUCGAUACUGCACCUAAUCUUAUUCGCUACCUCGAGGUGAUCAAGCACUGUCUGCGCCCAGGUGGCGUGCUGGUCAACGUUGGCCCCUUGCUAUGGCAUUUCGAGAACAAUGCACCUGGAAACCACGGCAACGAUGACGAUGGAGAUGGUGAUCACGAUUAUAAGAACUCAACCGGCAUUGCCGACCCUGGCAGCUUCGAGCUGGCAAACGAUGAGGUCAUGGCCUUGCUCGAGAAGCUAGGGUUCGUCGUCGAGUGGCUGCAAACAGGUAUUGAAGCGCCAUACAUUCAAGACAGAGAUAGCAUGUUGCAGACAAUAUACAAGGCCAACGCUUGGCUGGCCCGAAAGCCAUUGUCCUGGCCGUCGUGA